AUGAACCAUCAAGGUUACGAAGAACGACUCCGAUUCACCCGUGCUACGCUGCGAAAUCAGUACGGACUGGACACGACUACUAUCGACGCCAUAGAAUACGACCCAGAGUGCCCAUUCCCCUACAACAACUUCGUCUAUCGUGUAGGAAUUCUCCCCAAUGCCACUGGCCUGAAAACUCAAAAACUUGUUCGACCACAGCCAGGCACGGUUGCCUUACCCCAGCAGGCUGAUCAUGUCAUCAUGCGUCUUAGCAACGCCUCUGCUGGACUCAACGAUCACAACAGGGUUGAAAAUGAAGUGGCAGCGAUGCACCUUGCUCGAGCGGCCCUCCAACCGAUGCGUAUUGUUCCGGCCGUCUACGGCUGGGGAUCUGCCUCCAAAAGUCAAGGAUGGAUUCUUAUGGAGUACAUGAGUGGCGCUCCGCUGGAUGCUAUCCUUCCCACAUUGGUGUAUGACGACAAGGAGAGAGCCAUUGGACAAGUCGCUGCAAUUGUCCGAGGGCUUCAGACGUUCGAACUCCCAAGCACAAUUCAAGGAUUUGGCGGCCUCAACUUCGACAAUGAAGGCAACAUAGUCGCUGCUCAACUGACUUUAUCCACUGGGGGCCCCUACACGACUUACUCAGAAAUGCUUACAUCUCUCCUUGAUGAGCAGUUGGCUAAAUCCGACUCUAGCAACAUUAUUCAAGCUCUAAAUAACAUCCUCUUCGACAAGAACGAUUUCCGCAUCACUGCGAUCCUUGAUUUUGAUUGGGCUCGAAUCGGCUGGGAAGGGGAUGAAUGCCUUGCAUCCUUUCAUCGGGCUUAUGCUCGAUUACCUCCACCAGACGAGCCUGAUGAUCAACGAGCUGCCUUGCGAACUGCCCUCUUGAAGGGCUUCCCCGACACUCUACCGCCAGCCUCGCCUGUAGUCGACUGGGAGGUCGCGAGAAUAUGGGACGAACAACUUGCCGAAGUGCGCGCAAGUAGGCCAAGAACUAUUCCCAGGAUAGGUGCAUUCUCUACUGUUUACGCGCUGUUGGACCUGCUUUGCCCCAACAGUCUUUGCAAUCAAGUCAUAGUCAGACAAAGAACUGAAGAAAAUAUGGAGAAGGAGAAACACGCUAUUGGCGAACGUCUUGGAAAAUUGCUCGAGCGGUCCGUCUCCGAAAUUUUGUAG